UAGAGGGGGUGGGGGGAGGGGGGGGUUGGGAUUAUUAUGGGAUGUCUGCCCCCUGAUCUCUUUGUGUAUGUGAGGAUGUUAACCAGCUAGCUGGCUGGUGGAAGAGGGAGCGACGAAGACCUGCGUGUUUGACAACGAUAUUUGAAUUACCCUUGUAUACUUAACUGAAUUUAACAUUUUAUAUUUUAUGCAGUAAAUAUAUAAAUACCUGACCUAUAUCGGAAGAUAUCAUACGAGGAAGAACUGUUUCGACCUGGGACCCUGUUGUACGUCAUUAUUGUCAUUACGACGUUGAGUUUCAACAGUGAAAUUUUACGAGUUCUGCCCUCCGCCCUUUUAUUUAUCAUUUUCCCUCCUUCCCGACACGAACUGAUUGAAUGUGAGAUCACCUAUUAGGGAAAAUAUAGGAAGCUAGCGAACGUUUUAUUUAUCAUUUUAUAACUUUAGCAAGCUAGCCGGCUAGCUACCGGGUUAGUUGUAGCUAGCUAAAUAUAAGAAACAUGUCUGGGAGUGAAGACGACAGGGACGAUUUCGGACAUUUAGAGGACCGAUCACUGGUGCAAGAUGAAGAGGAGCUGGAGGAUAUGUCCGAGGGGGACACCCCCAAGGUGAAGAAGAAGAAGAAAGCAAAGAAGAGUCGCGAGAGCAAGAGCAGCAAGAGGCAGAGACUCCGUAGAGAGGACUUGGCCGGGAGCUCUCCAGAGGAAGUUCUUGGCGCAGAGGGGGGAGAGGGAGACGAAGAGGAAGGUGGGGGUGCCAGGUCAGACAGCGAGGGGAGUGACUAUACCCCAGGAAAGAAGAAGAAGAAGCGAGCAAGCACGACAAAAGAGAAGAAGAGAGGAGGAACAAAUGGAGAGAGGGAGAAGGGUGGCGGAGGGUCCUCCAGCAGCAAAAACAAGAGGAAAGAGCCAGAGCCUGAGGAAGAGGAAGACGAGGAUGACGACAGCCAGGAGCCCAAGACAUCUGCCCAGCUGCUGGAUGACUGGGGGAUGGAGGAUAUCGACCACGUUUUCUCUCAGGAGGACUAUAGCACACUCACCAAUUACAAGGCCUUCAGCCAGUUUGUCAGGCCCCUCAUUGCCGCGAAGAACCCCAAGAUCGCCGUGUCCAAGAUGAUGAUGGUGCUGGGGGCCAAGUGGCGGGAGUUCAGCACCAACAACCCGAUGCGGGGACUAGCCAGCGCCAACGCCGCCCUGGCGGCUGCCAACGUGGCGGCGGCUGUGGAGAACAUGGUGACCAGCGUGGCGGACGGAGGGCCGGGCGCGGGUGCGGGGGCGGUGGCGGCGGUGGCAGCGGCGGCCAGCUCCGCGUCCACGGCGGCCUCAGCCCCCGUCACGGUGGCCGAACCCCAGCUGCCCCCCGCACCCCCCCUGCGCAAGGCCAAGACCAAGGAGGGCAAAGGCCCGAAUGCUCGCAGGAAGCCUAAAGCUCCUCCAAAGCCUCAAGAGAAGAAGGUGAAAACCAAGAAAGUGGCCCCUCUGAAGAUAAAGCUGGGCGGCUUCAACAGCAAGAGGAAGCGAUCUUCUAGCGAGGAGGACGAGGUCGAUGCGGACAGCGACUUCGACGACGGGAGCCUGAACAAUUUCUCCGUGUCGGACGGCUCCAACAGCCGCAGCAGCCGCUCGAAGAAGAAGGGCAAGUCCUCCAAGAAGAAGAAGAAAGUAGAAGAAGAUGCCGAUGGCUAUGAGACGGACCACCAGGACUACUGCGAGGUGUGCCAGCAGGGCGGCGAGAUCAUCCUGUGUGACACCUGCCCCCGGGCCUACCACAUGGUGUGCCUGGACCCCGACAUGGAGAAGGCCCCCGAGGGCAAGUGGAGCUGCCCCCACUGUGAGAAGGAGGGAGUGCAGUGGGAGGCGCGGGAGGACGCUUCCGAAGGAGAGGAGGACAACGACGGGGAGGGGCGGCGGGACGGGGGCGAGACGGAGGAGGACGACCACCACAUGGAGUUCUGCAGGGUGUGCAAGGACGGCGGGGAGCUGCUGUGCUGCGACUCCUGCCCCUCCUCCUACCACAUCCACUGCCUGAACCCGCCCCUGCCCGAGAUCCCCAACGGGGAGUGGAUCUGCCCCCGAUGCACCUGUCCAGCUAUGAAGGGUAAAGUCCAGAAGAUUUUGGCCUGGCGGUGGGGAGAUCCACCACCCCCCACGCCGGUCCCCCGCCCCCCUGAUCUUCCAUCAGAUGCUCCGGACCCCGCCCCCCUGGCCGGUCGCCCGGAGAGAGAGUUCUUUGUGAAGUGGAGCAACAUGUCCUACUGGCACUGCUCCUGGGUCACCGAGCUACAGCUGGAGCUGCACUGUCAGGUGAUGUUCCGCAACUACCAGCGGAAGAACGACAUGGACGAGCCUCCUCUCCUGGACUUCAGCGCCGAGAUGGACGCCGACAAGAGUGUGAAGAGGAAGAACAAGGACCCGCUCUACGCCAAGAUGGAGGAGAGGUUCUACCGCUUCGGCAUCAAGAUGGAGUGGCUGAUGGUCCAUCGGAUCCUCAAUCACAGCGUGGACAAGAAGAGCAACGUCCACUACCUGAUCAAGUGGAGGGACCUCCCCUAUGACCAGGCGUCCUGGGAGAGCGAGGACAUGGAACUGCAGGAGUACGACAUCUACAAGCAGCACUACUGGAACCACAGGGAGCUGGUGAUGGGGGACGAGGGCAGGCCAGGGAAGAAGCUGAAGAAGCUGAGCAAGAUGAAGAGGCUGGACAGGCCCCCCACCAACCCCGUGGUGGACCCCACCAUCAAGUUUGACCGCCAGCCGGACUACCUGGACAGCACGGGGGGCACGCUGCACCCCUACCAGCUGGAGGGGCUCAACUGGCUGCGCUUCUCCUGGGCACAGGGCACCGACACCAUCCUGGCAGACGAGAUGGGCCUGGGCAAGACCGUGCAGACCGCCGUGUUCCUCUACUCCCUGUACAAAGAGGGCCACUCCAAGGGCCCGUUCCUGGUGAGCGCCCCCCUGUCCACCAUCAUCAACUGGGAGCGCGAGUUCGAGCUGUGGGCGCCGGACAUGUACGUGGUCACCUACGUCGGGGACAAGGACAGCCGGGCCGUCAUCCGCGAGAACGAGUUCUCCUUCGAGGACAACGCCAUCCGGGGCGGGAAGAAGGCCUCCAGGAUGAAGAAAGAAGCCUCUGUGAAGUUCCACGUGCUGCUGACCUCCUACGAGCUCAUCACCAUCGACAUGGCCAUCCUGGGUUCCAUCCAGUGGGCCUGCCUGGUGGUGGACGAGGCCCACAGGCUCAAGAACAACCAGUCAAAGUUCUUCCGGGUGCUGAAUAACUACCCUCUCCAGCACAAGCUGCUGCUGACUGGCACCCCCCUGCAGAACAACCUGGAGGAGCUCUUUCACCUGCUCAACUUCCUCACCCCCGAGAGAUUCAAUAACCUGGAGGGCUUCCUGGAGGAGUUUGCCGACAUCGCCAAAGAGGACCAGAUCAAGAAGCUGCACGACAUGCUGGGGCCGCACAUGCUCCGGAGGCUGAAGGCCGACGUCUUCAAGAACAUGCCGUCCAAGACGGAGCUGAUCGUGCGCGUGGAGCUCAGCCCCAUGCAGAAGAAGUACUACAAAUUCAUCCUGACGCGCAAUUUUGAGGCCCUGAACACUCGCGGUGGGGGCAACCAGGUGUCUCUGCUCAACGUGGUGAUGGACCUCAAGAAGUGCUGUAACCACCCUUACCUCUUCCCCACUGCAGCUAUGGAGGCUCCCAAGAUGCCGAACGGGAUGUACGACGGCAGCGCCCUGACCAAGGCCUCCGGGAAGCUCCUGCUGCUCUACAAGAUGCUGAAGAAGCUGAAGGAGGGAGGACACCGAGUGCUCAUCUUCUCUCAGAUGACCAAAAUGCUGGACCUGCUGGAGGACUUCCUGGAGAACGAGGGCUACAAGUACGAGAGGAUCGACGGGAGCGUGACGGGCAGCAUGAGGCAGGAGGCCAUCGACCGCUUCAACGCUCCUGGAGCAGUCCAGUUUGUCUUCCUGCUCUCCACCAGGGCGGGGGGUCUGGGGAUCAACCUGGCCACCGCCGACACCGUCGUCAUAUACGACUCUGACUGGAACCCUCACAACGAUAUUCAGGCCUUCAGCAGAGCUCACCGCAUCGGCCAGAACAAGAAGGUGAUGAUCUAUCGCUUCGUCACCAAGGCCUCGGUGGAGGAGCGAAUCACUCAGGUAGCGAAGAAGAAGAUGAUGCUGACCCACCUGGUGGUGCGGCCCGGCCUGGGCUCCAAGACGGGCUCCAUGUCCAAGCAGGAGCUGGACGACAUCCUCAAGUUCGGCACCGAGGAGCUCUUCAAGGACGAGAUCGGGGAGGGAGAGAACAAGGAGGAGGACAGCAGCGUGAUCCACUACGACGACAAGGCCAUCGACCGGCUGCUGGACCGCAACCAGGACGCCACCGAGGACACGGCCGAGAUCCAGAGCAUGAACGAGUACCUCAGCUCCUUCAAGGUGGCCCAGUACGUGGUGAAGGACGAGGACGAGGAGGAGGAGGAGGUGCAGAGGGAGAUCAUCAAGCAGGAGGAGAGCGUGGACCCGGACUACUGGGAGAAGCUGCUCAGGCACCACUACGAGCAGCAGCAGGAGGACCUGGCCCGCAACCUGGGCAAGGGCAAGCGCAUCCGCAAGCAGGUCAACUACAACGACGGCUCGCAGGAGGACCGAGGUAGUAGACGGGAUUGGCAAGACGACCAGUCCGACAACCAAUCAGAUUACUCGGUUGCUUCGGAGGAGGGAGACGAGGACUUCGACGAGCGAUCGGAGGUGAACUCGCGCCGGCCCAACAGGAAGGGGCUCAGGAACGACAAGGACAAGCCUCUGCCCCCCCUGCUGGCCAGAGUGGGAGGGAACAUCGAGGUGCUGGGCUUUAACGCGCGUCAGAGGAAGGCCUUCCUGAACGCGGUGAUGCGCUACGGAAUGCCGCCGCAGGACGCGUUCACCACGCAGUGGCUCGUCCGCGAUCUGAGGGGGAAGUCCGAGAAGGAGUUUAAGGCCUACGUUUCCCUCUUCAUGCGCCACCUGUGUGAGCCGGGCGCGGACGGGGCCGAGACGUUCGCGGACGGCGUCCCGCGGGAGGGGCUGUCCCGCCAGCACGUCCUGACGCGCAUCGGCGUCAUGUCCCUCAUCCGCAAGAAGGUUCAGGAGUUCGAGCAUGUGAACGGCCAGUGGUCCAUGCCGUGGAUGAUGGAGUUGGAGGAGAGCAAGAAGGCAGCUGCCGCGCACCCCGACUCCCCGGGGAAUCCCAAAACCCCGUCCACCGGGACCCCCGCUGACACCCAGCCCAACACCCCGGCUCCAGCCUCUAAAACUCCGUCCACCGGCACACCUGCAGACACGCAGCCCAACACCCCUGCCCAAGAAGACCCCACCAAGGCAGACGACCCCGCAAAGGAGAAGGAGGAGAAGAACGAGGGAGAGGGCGAAAAGGAGGGCAAGGAGCCCAGCAAGACAGACGAAUCGGAGGUCAUUGAGAUCCCGGAUGACCCGGAGAAGCCGGCCUCCCCCGAGAAGAAGCCCAGCGAGGCGAGCGCCACACCGCCGGGGCCAGAGAAGGAAGGAGGGAGCGCCGAGGCGGAGAAGGAGAAGGAGAAGGAGAAGGACAAAGAAGGAGAGAGCGAGGGGAAACCGGCAGAGGCGCCGGUGGCGGAGGGGAGGAGCUCUCCCACGGAGUCCAAGUCUGAAGGGUCAGAGGUCAAAGCUAAACCGGAUGACCCCGAGGCCAAAGCAGAAGAAAAGGAGGAGAAAGUGGAGAAGAUGGACACGAGCCCUCCUGCAGAGGAAAAGAAAGAUCAGAAGGAGGAGAAAGAUGGGGGGAAGACGGAGGAGGCUGCCAAACUGCAGAACGGAGAGAAUGCCAAAGAGGGAUCGGCUGUGGGGGCGAGCGAGGAGAAGAAGAAGGCCGUCAAGCAGAGGUUCAUGUUCAACAUCGCGGACGGAGGCUUCACGGAGCUGCACUCCCUGUGGCAGAACGAGGAGAGGGCCGCAACCGUCACCAAAAAGACCUUUGAGAUCUGGCACCGUCGCCACGACUACUGGCUGCUGGCCGGCAUCAUCCAGCAUGGCUACGCACGCUGGCAGGACAUCCAGAACGACGUGAAGUACGCCAUCCUGAAUGAACCUUUCAAAGGGGAGAUGAGCAGGGGCAACUUCCUGGAGAUCAAGAACAAGUUCCUCGCCAGGAGGUUCAAGCUGCUGGAGCAGGCCCUGGUGAUCGAGGAGCAGCUGAGGCGAGCGGCGUACCUCAACAUGUCCGAGGACCCCUCCCACCCCUCCAUGGCGCUCAACACGCGCUUCAGCGAGGUGGAGUGCCUGGCCGAGUCCCACCAGCACCUCAGCAAGGAGUCCAUGUCCGGGAACAAGCCCGCCAACGCCGUCCUGCACAAAGUGCUCAAACAGCUGGAGGAGCUGCUCAGCGACAUGAAGGCUGACGUCACUCGUCUCCCGGCGACCAUCGCGCGGAUACCGCCUGUCGCGGUGCGGCUGCAGAUGUCAGAGAGGAACAUCCUGAGCCGCCUGGCCAGCAGAGGCUCGGACACACAGACACAGCAGGUGACUCAACAGUAGCCUGUCUCAGGCUGCCCCCACCCCCUUCCCCACCCUCCCCCUACCCCUUCAAUCUCAACAUUCCUGAUUGGCUCUUGGAUGAUGACAUCACACCCAAGCUUCUUGAAGCCAUGCCCCUU